UUUAAAUAAAGCCCAUCAACGUCAAAACCGAAAACAAUGAAAUCUCCAUCCAAAAUUCCCAUCUUUUUCGCUUUACUGCAGAUAUUUUCGACACUCGCGAUCUCGUCGAAAUCCUCGCCGUCCUCUCUAAUGGCUGAAGGCGCGGGAAAAUCCACCGCCGGAGACGGCGAGUCGGCCUCCGUGCACAUCGUCUACGUGGAUCGCCCUGAAAGCGAGGAUCCCGAGGCGUUUCACAUCCGAACCCUAGCUCCGAUCGUCGGCAGUGAGGAAGCGGCGAAGGAGGCCGUGGUUUAUCAUUACACGCAUGCGGCAAGUGGAUUCUCUGCGAGACUUACUCCCAAGCAAGUUGAAGAUCUCUCAAAGCAACCAGGUGUCCUUCAGGUGCUGCCAGAUAAGGUUCUCCACCUUCACGGAGGGCAAAAAGCGGCAAAGAUUACAACCAUGGGUCUUAUGUGAAACUAUCCGGUGUAUUUUCAGCGUGCAAACUUUUUAUAUGGUAUCUGGAAAAAAAAUAAGGAUGUGUGAAAUCCAUAGUGUCGUGUGGGGAUAGUGACGGUAACUGAUGAAUAGGAUGGUAUUUGACCUUCUUGCUGGUAAAUGUAAUAUGUACGGUCCGGAUGUGUAUUACUUUGAUAGUAUGUGAUUAAUAUGCGCUUGCUCCAUUGCUCCA